UUUAUUAUCAUUAGUUUUAUUCUAAUAACAAACAAUCAAUACAACAACCAAAAAACAUAAAAUGUUCGCUUAUACUCCAUAUGAUAACUGUCAAUUCCAACCAGCUUUCUCUGGUAACUUACAGAUUCCCGAUGCAUUUGAGCAAGUCGUUGACUUGUUUAGACGUAGAGAAGCUGAAGCCCAAAGACAGCGUCAAUUGGUAAGACCAAGAAUUGUCAAGAAGGUUGAAUCUGAAGAUAGCUUUCAACUCCAAAUCUUCAAGGAAUAUGGCAACUUCAAUUCCUAUGAAGUGCAAGUUGUUAAGAAGCCUGGUAAUAAGGCUCAUUUGAUUAUUUCAUCUGAAGAAGAUGAAUUUCAAAAGAUUUUUGAAUUCAGUUUAGAAGAUAUUGAUGUCCAGAAAAUAGAUUGGGAACAUUACAGUGCUGAAAAGGUUUUAGUUCUUAACAUCCCAAAAAAGCAAAAUGCUCCUGAAGUUGUUUGUUACACACAUCCAUUCUUUAACUUUAUCCAACAACAACAACAACAACAACAACAACAACAACAACAACAACAACAACAACAACAACAACAACAACAUGAAGUUGGAUCUAAGAAAGCACGUGAAUACAGACAAAGAGUAGAGGCAUCCAAGCAAAGGGCUCAACAAAGAAGGGCUGAAAAGAGAGCUGAAGCCGAACAAAGAAGAGCAAUUGCUGAACAAGAAAGAAUUGAAGAAGAGAAUAGAAAGAGAGCUGCUCUUGAGCAACAAAGGGUUGAAGAAGAGAAUAAAAGAAGAGCUUUCAUUGAAUUGCAACAAAUUGAACAAAGAAGACAAGCUGAACAAAGAAGAUUAGCUCAACAAGCCGAACAAAAGAAAUUGGCUGAACAAAGAAGAUUAGCUGAAGAAAAGAGAAGAGCUGACGAACAAAGACGAGCUGAAGCAAAGAGGCAAUCUGCUAUCGAGAAGCAAAGACAAUUGGAAGCAAAUAAGAAUUCUGCCCCAUCUCAAAAUAUCCGCCUUGAGGCUGGCAAUGCUGAAGACUUUUUGCAACAACUCUUUGGUGCAAUGUUUGCCGCUCAACAGCAAACUAACCAGCAAGGGCAAGCAGAAGUUCAAAAUUCUAAUUCAUCCUCUCCAGUAGCUGAAGCUCCAAUUUCUCCAGUUGUGUCUACUCCAGAAGUUCUCAAGCCUACCAGUUACGAAUCUGACACUGAAUCCAUUGAUUCGGAACAUGACAUCGAAACUCCACCACCAUCUUCUCCAAGUUCGACUGGUUCCAAAAUCACUAAGCAACCCUCCUUAGAAGAAGUUGAAGAUGAAGAAUUUAUCCUUCUUAAGAAGAAGUUUGGACAAUAGAUUUCAGUCUGUUGAUAUACAUAAGUAAAUAAAAAUGAUUAAUAAUGAAAAAUAUUGAAAAAUCUAA